AAUGGCGGCUGCAGUGCCGAUGCUAGACGACGUAAUCAAGGAGUACCUUGUAUUUCGCGGAUUCUCAAACACUUUGAAAAGCUUUGAGUCUGAUUUGAAAGCAGAUAAGGACAAAAGCUUCCGGGUGGACAAAAUUGUGGAUCAGUUGUAUCAGUACAUCCUAAGCUAUGACAUUACCAGCCUUAGAGAUUACUGGGACUAUUUAAAUGACAGAUUCUUCAAGAGGUUAGACUAUCAGCACAAUUCAAAUGUCAAAAAGCUGGAGAUGUGUCUUUUGCGGCUGUACAUUGUGCAUGCCAUACAGAACUCAAAAAAUGACAAGGUUGUGGAGUUUUUUGAGAAGUAUACAGCAGAGCUACAGACUCAAAUAGAGUGGAGAGAAUGGUUUGCCAUUCCUUUCAUCAAGAAUCCUGAUCAGAAUAUGACAUUUGAGAUGUACUUUCAGAGGGCAUGGCAAGAGACUUUUUUCCUUUCACUUCAUAACUUUCUGAUUACUUUGUUUCAUUACCUGCCUAUGCCAACCCUUCUAAAGUAUGACGAGGAACGAGGAAAGUUGCACAGGUUGGAACAGGAAGUCCUGAAACUUAAAGAGCAGGUUGUAUCACUAGCAGACGAAGGAGCAAACUUACAGCGUCAGAAAUCUAGACUAGAGCAAGAGCUAUCAGAUAGCCGGAAGAGAGCUACCACUGUUGAAGAGGAUGAUAUGGAAGAGUUUCAAGUUAUCCCAAGGCAACAAGGUCAGUCUAGUAAGUUUCUACCAACUUCUUCAAUCUCAAAAAAAAUUACCAAAAUGUUCAAAGAUAAGCAAGAAAAGAACAAAAAGGGAAAAGAUUCAAAAGUGCAACAGCUUCAAGAGGAUCAAGUGAAACUUAAAAGACAACAACUAAUCAGGCAGCAACAACAAUUACAGCAAUUACAAGAACAGCAAAAACAUUUAUCCCACAUGGAGGAAGAGCAGCUGAAGUCAAGUGCAGUUACUGCUUCAUCUGAGAAACCUCAAGGUCAGGAGGUUGAAGUUCAGACUGACUCAACACAUGAUGAGGAGGAUGCUAGGAUCUCAAAAUUAGGUUUGUCAAAAACUCUCAGCUUUGAAACAUCCUCUGCUGCAAGCCAAGAUGACAGAGAAAAGUUUGGAAAUGCUAUCCGCAGGAGUAAAACAUUGCCUGUAAGGCUGAAAGCAACUCAGGUGGAGGUAACAGAAGACAAAACAGAAGAUGCACUUUCUAAAACAGUUCAUUUUGAAGGCCCUGGUGACCAAAAGUCCAAGCAUUUUCUAUGUCUUAGCCAGGAUGUAUACAAAGAGCAUCACUCAGCAAUUGUGCACUGCAAGUUUUCUUCUAGCGGUAGGAUGAUUGGAAGUGCUGAUGCUGACGGGAUUGUCAAGGUUUGGACAAACCAUCCUGACAUCCACACCAGUAGCACUGUCAUGUGUAAAUCUCCCUUGCUGUCACUGGAGUGGGCUCCGAAGCCUGACAGACUGCUUCUGUUGGGCACUGGACAUGGUAAAGUACGAUUUUUUGACACAGAAAAUAAAAAGACCAUUUGUGAUGUCACGACUGACUCUCAUCAUCAGUACCCCAGAAUAGUCUCAUUGUCGUGCAGUCCUACCGGAGCAGCUUUUGUGUGUUCAGCGGCAGCAAAUAAGAAAUCUUUGACGUCAUCGUUGAGGUUAUCGCAAUCGUUUUCAAAAUACAGUGAAAUGUCCUCGUUGACGUCGAACAGUGCAGGUAGCGGCGCGGGUGUGUUACAGUGUUGGGAUAUGAAAGCCAUGAAGGUCGAGCGUCUCCUUCCCCUCGAUCCUGUGCCCACUUGUAUAAACUGCACGGCGUUUAAUCAUAAUGGAACUCUUUGUAUAUCAGGAGGAGCGGAUGGCAUGAUACGGCUGUUUGAUAUGAGGUCGUAUGAUUGUUUAAUUGGUUGGCAAGCUCAUGAAGGUGAAGUGUGUUCAAUGCAGUUUAGCGCAGACGAAACCACUGCUUACAGUAUGGGAACAGACGGCAAGUUCUCACAGUGGAGUGUGCACCGCAUGGGUCAAAGAUUAACUGACGUUGAUAUACACGACGGGGCAGUGUGGUGCGAUUCAGACAAAUCCUCUCAGAGCAAGUACAAAUACAUGAGUUCACCAUCAUCUUAUGGCAAGAUGUUUGUUUUUGAUUCUGAAGGACAGUAUCUUCUUUCCUGUGGACCGGAGUGUGGAGUAGUAUAUAAAGUCCAGAAGAAUCAGGGUUUGAGUCAAGUGUUAACUUUACCAGCUGAGCACAAGUCACCAGUUGUAAGCGUCGAUUGGAGCUCCUCUAUGAGCUGUUCCACAUGCCUCACUGGCUUUGCGGAUGGAUCAAUACAAGUAACAUCUUUGCUAAAAAAUUGAGGAUUACUUUCAGCUUUAAGAUCAACGAAAGGGUUUGUUACCUCGUAGAACAUAAUAGUCGACCCUUUGAUAUCACAUCCGUUCAAAUGCAAGAUGGCGUCAGAGUUACAAGGACAAAAGUUUCUGGAAAUACUCAAGAUUACAUGUUUUUAGCUUUCGUGUACCCGCACAAUCCCUUCCUAGACUCGUGAUAUGAACUAUUAAAAUUAGAAGUGUUUGGGAAGUACUAGAAAAAUCCUUAUACGAGUCUUGUGAGCCUAAGUUUGUUAUGUGCUGCAAGACCACACAUUUAUUUUUACCCUUUGAGUGAUGUGUCCAUGUCCGUUGUAGUAGAGCUUAAUUCUCGUAAGAUGAUCGUCAUCGUUAUUCGUGUUUGGGUUUGUCCUUGACCGUGCUCAGUGUCCUCAACGGGAAGUUUUUAUAGGUUUUAAUUCUCGAAGUUUGGUUGUGUUUCAAGUACUUUGUUAGUCGUUUCAAAUGUCUUGUGAAAUUGUUUUGGUUAGUUGUCCCGUAAGCCCAAACAUGCCUACCGAUAGGGUAUUUAACUCUUCAACCCCUAAGAACCAGCAUCUAACUUCUCCUAACAAUGUCACUACUGAAUCACACAUUAAUGUUAUGAGAGUAAAGGAAUGAUCCCCAACUAAAGAAAUUCUUGGUUAUUAGACAAAUUCUCCUUGUCAGCACCUUAGUAAAUGUACAGAGAACAGUAUGGGGAAUGUGAAUACUGAAUUUUAGAGAGAGAAAAGAGAGAGCCUCAGAGAGCGAAAUAAACUGAACUGAUCAGACUCCUGGUACCUUCCGUUCGCGUUUGGUGUUCAAGCCAGUCUACCCUAAUAGUCCCAAUACUCGAGAAAACGUCCGAGGGAGAGUUGUUGCGGUUUCAUAAAGGCCACAAGGCUGGUCCUUCUGUCUACCACAGUCAGCCCAAGAUAAAUGACCCACUGUGUCAGGAAGAAACUUAAUUUUGUAUUCAAAUUGUUUUUCUAUUUGUUUUAUAAAUGGCAACUGAAAAUAUCUUUAUUUUUUUGCCCAACGAAAGGGAAAUAGUCGUUUUAUUAUUUAAUGUUAUAACUUUUGUUUGAAGAAUGUACUUUGUUAAAACUGUCGAUAGCGUUAUCAAAGAUCGCAUCAGGAUGAGUAAUAUAUGCAAUUGAGAUGAGUUAUGUGCUGUAUGACAGUUGAAAAUAUAUUUUUUUUUAUUUUGAAAAAUUGUAGUAGAAAUGAUUUACAAAAACGGACAUGAGCGGGAUAAGAAAGUGAAAGGUAAAUGUUUGUAACAAAUAGUUUGAAUAAAAACAUGUAGGUCAUUUUCUUCAUAA